AGAGUUAUUUCCCUUGAUCUACAUAUUUCCUUCGCGCAGUUCCCUGCCGUUUUUAGUCAACUGGUAUCAAGCGGAAGAUAAAAAAUGUGGGUGCGUCUUCGUCAAACAGAUGUAUAAUUUAUUUAGUUACUGCGAUAAACACCUGUCUAACUGAUUAAUUCCCCUUUCUUACUGUUUUAUAUCGAUUGCACUAUGAAGUUUUAUAUAUUGAAGUUCCCGCUGUCAUGCAACCAGUUGAGACUUACACCCUCACGAAAGCUGUUUCACAUAUAACGCAACAAAACACUCGAAAAAUAAUUUUUAUUUAUUGCUGCAGUUUCGGUUUUUUCUCCUGUUAUUUAUAUAUAUCUUCAAUCCUGUUAUUGAACUGAUUUGGAAGAGAAAUACCCCAGAACGGCAUGGGUUUUUAUAAUAUUUUGAAUGUUGUUACAAUAGUGUUGCUAAUAAUUGUCGGGCAAUGCCGGUCCUUAGAAGUUGACCAAAGUGGAUAUAUAGUCUACUGUCCUUGCAUGGGUCGUUUUGGAAACCAAGCAGAACAAUUUUUGGGAAGUUUGGCUUUUGCCAAACGGUUAAAUAGAACAAUGGUGAUCCCACCUUGGGUGGAAUACAAAGCUUCUGUGAUUGGAUCCGAAUGUGUGGCCUUUAAUAAAUAUUUUCAAGUUGAACCAUUGAAGCAAUAUCAUCGAGUAAUAACUAUGGAGCAGUUUAUGAAAGAAUUGGCCCCUGAGGUUUGGCCACCGAACAAAAGAAUUGUAUUCUGCUACCAAGCAAGACAUUCAAGCAAAAAUUCAUGCAACGCAAAAGAUGGGAAUCCUUUUGGUCCAUUUUGGGACCACUUUAAUGUAGAUUUUGUUCAAUCUGAAUUCCAUAAACCACUAACAUUUGAUGUUAGCAACCAUUUCGAAAGAGAUAGAUGGUUAAAUAGAUUUCCAGCUUCUAAAUACCCUGUCCUUGCUUUUGUUGGAUCUCCUGCUCCAUUCCCUGCUCGUGAAGAUACUUUACACCUUCACGAUUACAUCAAAUGGUCAACUGAUUUAGAGAAAGCUGCUGAUAAUUUUAUAUUGGAAACUAUUCCCGAGAAACCUUUUCUAGGAAUACAUCUCAGAAAUGGUGUUGACUGGAAAUCAGCCUGUGCCCAUACAUCAGAAAGCCGCCAGAUGUUUGCUUCUGCCCAGUGUAUAGGUUAUUCACAAGAGUAUGGAAGCAUCUCACAUGAAAUGUGUUUCCCUUCUGAUAGCACAGUCAUUAACCAAGUGAAGAAAGCUGUUAAAAAAUACAAAGCAAAAACUGUAUUUAUUGCUACUGACAACCGAGAUUUAAUCAAAGAAAUGUCAAAAGUCAUGAAGCAGAUUAAAUUUGUACGCUCAACAUUGGACAAUCCACUUUUAGACUUGGCAAUUUUGACAAAGGCUGAUCAUUACAUUGGAAAUUGUAUCUCUACAUUUUCAGCAUUUGGCAAACGAUAUAGAGAUUCAUUGAAAAAAUCAUCAUCAUUUUGGGCUUUUGAAAAGAAAACUACAAUAAAUGAAGAGCUUUGAAUUAGUAAAAAAAAAAAAUAAAUAAAAAUUGCUGAUUAAACUUUUCAGGACACUUUUUUCAAAUGCCAAAGGAAUAAAAUGCUAUAUUUUUUUACUUGAUAAAGUCCUGUCAUGCUAACAUCUGCACACAUAUCAAUAAGGAACUGAUAACUAGAAUUAUUUAAUCCAGUUCUCCCUUCUUACUUAGCUGGAGAAUACCAAGUCUUUAGAAGCACUGCAAAGUUGUUCAAUAAAUGCUAUUGCUGCAGAACAGUGAAAAAUUGAAAUUGAACUUCUAAAAGUUCUAACAAAAACUUAGAGACAUGCUACAAAUCAGUGUCAUUGAUUUUGUUUCCCUUUUAUCAUAGUCAAGUUCAAAAACAUUCCAGCUAACCUCCUCCCAUAAUUUGUUUAAGUUUUAAGGCAGUAAGGCUUGAUUUGAAAGAGAUUUUCUGCUAUUUCUGAUAAUUCAAACAAAUCUGGAAGCACUUUUUUUUGUAAGCUUAUUAAAGUUACAAGGUGGUAUUACUUGGCCUUUUAUCACUGCUGAAUAAGAAAACUAAUGGUCAAAGACUUUCCAGGUGUGGCUAUCAUGUCCCUUUCACAAACAUGUAGGAAUAUAUUAUAUACAAUGUAUUUCAUUUUUCAAAAGUGUAAUAAGAUAGAAAUUUGGCUGCUAUUUCUAUCAACUUGAGCAACAAAAUGGAGGCUCCUUAAUUCGAGUCAUAAGUGAUACAAGUGAAUCCAGUGGCCUAUUGUUAUGUUACAUGACAGUAAUAUAAUAUUGAGCUCCCUAUUAUUACAGAUACACAUUUCCGUCACUAUCCCCACUUUCAAAUCCCAAAAUUUCUUCACUAGGCCAUUAUGACAGAUGAUUUCCAACACACUUUAAAACAGGAUUCUAGCCGUGUGGAAUACCAAAAUUCUGACACAAUUUUUAUCAAACAGAAUCAUAUUAUAAGUCGGCAACUCAUAGCAUGUGUUUAGUAAGCUAACAGAUGUCUAUAUGGCUGGUUACCCUGUAAAAUAUAGCAGCCAAGUAUCUUUCAAAUCACUCUAUCUUAAAAGACAGAAAAAUAAAACAGAGUGGUCACAAUUGGAAUGCUCCUGGUCAUAUGUCUGAUUUAUCAGGGCUGAUGUAAGGCCAAACAAAUUUCAGUUCUAGUAAUAGAUUUCAAAUUUUCAGUUUAAACAUACAACAGUUAUUUAUACAUGUCAGUCUUACAUAAAAUCAUGCAUAUUAUAAGUGCCUUUGUAAACAUAUAUUCAUUCAUCUCCAACACAGAUGAAAGAAAAGUUUUAAAUAAAACAAAUUAAUAUAAGGAAAAAGAAGGUAAACAACUUUUGAAACAUUGAUAAAAUUUAUUGCAUUUCUCAAUUUGAAUCAUAUUUACAGUCACAAUGAUCUGUGUUUUGCAGAAUAUUAGUCGUUAAAAGUAAGUAAAUGAGAAAUAAGUAGAAACAGUGAAAUCGAUUCCUGCUGAAAAUUUAUCAGUCUCUUGUAUCUCUUGAAAUAAAAACUAAAAAUCAAAACUUU